AGCGCGGAAGAAAUCGAGCGAAUGGUUCGGGCGUCGCUCAAGGCGAUACUGGGCCUGGGUGUCGUGCCGUACGAUGCCAAUCUUGUCAACUGCCUCGUUACGGAGGAUCGGGUCGUCAUUGUGGAUCACGAACAAGACGAAGAUGCUGAGGCCGGAGACGACACCCUAGAUGAGCUUCUUGACUCGAAGGCAGAGGAGAUCAUGUAUUGGUAUAGCUACUUUCACAAGCCGCAGCCGCAGCCCGAUACGCGUGGCACCAGGCCUAGGCCGACCGGGUGGAGUCCUCCGUCCACGGAGCUUCCUCGAGAAAGGGUUCCGCUCCUGUUAGGCCUCAAAGGCCCUCCGCCUCCUGGGAGGUCCUACUCGCCGCCUCAGUCCUCUCCGAUUGAGGCUGACCGACCUUCGUCAGGGACGCGCGAUUAG